ACCUCAUCAGCUCACGCCAAGAAUGUUCUGCGCGGGAUUACCUCAAGGUGGAAUCGACUCCUGCCAGGUAAAUACAAUGUUCCUGGAUGCUAGUAUUUCUUUUAGCUAUGUCUGAAACCAAUGAAAAGAUCAACUUGUUAAAGAUGGUUUAUCCCUACACAUUCCCUUAAUUCCGAGUGGUACAUACUUUAAUCAUACUAGAUUCUUUGAUUAGUGAAACGUAAAAAGAGCUUCUGAUAUAUCUUGAGGGCUCAUGAUCAGUGUUCUGAUCAUUCUGGCUCCUAUUUAUGUAGAGGGGGUUCGCGAUGUUUUAUGCUUGGUAUGAGGAAAAGUAUGCAGCGAAGAAUUCUCAUGGGGGGGGGGCCGGGGCUAUCACAUGUCAAGCAUCACAUUCUUCGGCUGGUUCAACCCUGUUUGACCAUGCAGAUUGAAUGUAGUUCAAAGCCGGUGUAAGUGAGAUCAAAACAACAGAAAGACAAAGCUCCGAUUAGUUUCCUGUAAUUAUUUAUUGGAAAACAGAAUAUUUAAUUCAUGAUGGUCGUUACAUACGUAAGCUAGUCGACAUACCCCCCUCCCCCCUUUUUUUUUUUGCGCCAAUCCCCAAAUCCCAGCGGCUUUAAAGUUAAAGGAAAAUAAUAAUAUAUCCAUUUUUGUUUUAAAAUAUUUUUUUCUAUUUGAUGAUACAGACGAAACUACAGGGGCUUAAAUUGAUCAUCUUUAAUAUCAACGUCGCUAUUUUAAAUACUUUUAAAACUCCUUUUUUUUUCUUUCAAAAAUUGCUUUCGUAAUGCAAUUCGGGGGGGGGGGGGGGGGGGGUGGUCGAUUUUCGUACUACUGCCAAUCCGUGGGUCAUCCAUCUUGCGACUUCUGAUUGUAUUUUAUACAUUUUAUUACCAACACUCUUUUUCUUUUCAUCCAAUAAAAUUCUUUCCUCCCUGAAAUUAACCAGGGUGACAGUGGCGGGCCUCUAAACACCUAUAGACACGGCAGGUGGACUCUUACAGGUGAGUUCUUCAUAACUCUUAAACAGUUUUCUCUGUUAGUGUUGGGGGGGUGCUCAGCAGUUAAUAUAUUUUUUUUAAAAUAUUCUAUUUAAAGACGUAUUUCCCCCCAAAAAGCUUUGAUAUGCACACGUUCUUCAUGACUUAGUCCACCAGGAAGUAUCUCCGCCACUAACCACUAAUCCCGUGUAAGAAAUAUCUCAAUAGACUUUAUGGACCACCUACACUGGCAUAGGAAAAGGUGGAGCUUAGAAGAGAGAGCUUUUUUUUUCUUUUUUUUUUUCAAUAAUGAGACGUUGCAUUUUCAGCCAAUUUCAUCAAAGUUUUUUAUCGUGGAAGGUGGGUGGCAAAAGCCUAUGUCCGCCCAGGGGGGGGGGGUGGGGCGGGGCGACACCAAUACUAACUACGCCACUGACCACCUCAUUACUUUAUUAAAAAUUUCCAUUUUAAAAUUUAAAGAAAAAUUUAAUUUAUAAAAAAAAAAAGAUUCAACGCCUUGUGAAAUGUUCUUAAAGGCUUCACAGCUUUGGCCAAUAUUUUUAGAAACAGAAACGCAAAUAUGAUUGGCCCACAUCAGAAUAUUUCCACCCCUGUUUCUUUUUUGUAUGGAGCAUCCCUUUCCUAAGGACUCGAGUUAAGUAUAAUGAUCACGAUGACUUGAUUGAAUGUUCCCGCAAUAACGCUUCUCUGAGAUCAUAUGACACCAGCAUCUUGCCCUAUCAAAUGAAAGCGUUGCUGCGUUGUAAGUGACGCGUAGCGUCCAGUGGAGCCUUUACGUCAACGUCUAACCUUUUUUUUUAUCUCCGUUGUCGCCAGGGGUCAUCAGUUGGGGCUACGGCUGCGCUGAGGCUUUCCGACCAGGCGUUUACACUGACGUCAUCGAGGUGAAAGACUGGAUUGACCAGCAAAUCAAUUAAAGGGAAGGGGGGGGGGUCCCUUUACAGAUUUAAGGCACGGGGGAGGGGGGGUGUAAUGGUUUAAAUUUGCCCUCAAUAGGUUCCUGUAACCAGUGUCUGCUUGUCUUUUGUUAUUUUGAAAUUAGCGGUUCUAGGUGAAAGACUGGAUUGACCAGCAAAUCAAUUAAAGGGAAGGGGGGGGGGGUCCCUUUACAGAUUUAAGGCACGGGGGAGGGGGGGGGUAAUUGUUUAAAUUUGACCUCAAUAGGUUCCUGUAACCAGUGUCUGCUUGUCUUUUGUUAUUUUGAAAUUAGCGGUUCUCAAUGUUAGCCAUUCGGUCUCACUCCUUUUUUUAAAUAAAGGAUUUUAUGCUGAUGUAAAGAACAUUUACAUAAAUUACAGAAAAAAACACAACUGGAAUAAAUGAAAUUUUAGAAUAGACCACGCGUAAAAAAAGAGGUUUGAGAACCGCUAGUUUAAAUAAUGUUUCCAUUUUUAAAAGAUUAUGAAACACAAAGACAAAAAUCAAAGAAGUGCAAAUUAAUUUCUUCUAGGGAUUUCCCCCGAGACCACGAUGUACUGAUAAUUUUUCCAUGUACGCAAGAAUUUGAUGUUCAGCUUAUAAUAAGUCAUUAAAUGUAAUUGAACUAAUUAGGUCAAUGGAUAAUAAAUGUAAUUGAACUAAUUAGGUCAAUGGAUAAUAAAUGUAAUUGAACUAAUUAGGUCAAUGGAUAAUAAAUGUAAUUGAACUAAUUCAAUGGAUAAUAAAUGUAAUUGAACUAAGUCAAUGGAUAAUAAAUGUAAUUGAACUGAGUCAAUGGAUAAUAAAUGUAAUUGAACUAAUUCAAUGGAUAAUGAAUGUAAUUGAACUAAGUCAAUCGAUAAUAAAUUAUGUAAUUGAACUAAGUGAAUGGAUAGUAAAUGCUAUUGAACUGAGCCAAUAACGAAAUUUGUCUUUGAAAUAUUUUAAUGGUUGUUUUAUGAUACAUGAACUUGACUCAUGAUUUUUUUUUUCCGGAUUUUUUUUGUUAACACCACUGACUCUCUCCUAAAGAUUAUCUUUGGUAAUAAAAUGAUGGAACAUGAAUUCGAGGCCUACUGAAUCUCAAUAUCAACUUCGUUUUGAAGGCGUCUAAUUCAGGCUCUGGCCUUGAAUUCAAGCAUGGGGAAAACUAAUUAUUGAUGGAAGAAUAUCUUGAUGGUCUAAAAGAAAGACCAAUAUCAUUAGCAACCCCCCUCCUCCCGCUCAAAAGAACCCAUUAGACUGAAAUAUAUUAAUUAAGCUAUCACUUUU